AUUGAAAAAAAAGAGAGACGUAAUUACGUCUCUCCUCCUCUCUUUUUCGCACGCGAUAUCAGAGAGCAGAUGGAUGUUGAGAAUUGUCGAACGUGAGAGUAUCGUGAAUAUGACGAAUAAGGCUUUAUAAUUGAAGCAUCAUCAUCGUUCGUCCAUUUCUUUAAAAGUGCAUGUGUCUAAAUUUUCUUGUGUCGCGUAAAAAGUUUAUUGGUCGUGUCGCGUAACAAUUUCACGCGUGGCAAACGGCCCAAAACCUCGAGUAUUCGCUGACGUUUUUUUCUAUUUUUUUCCUCUGUUUUCACGGUGUUACAACCACCCGACAAACCACUGAUAGGUUUGAAAUAAAAAUUCGAGACAAACGGGGUAGAAAACGUUCUGAUUUUCGUUAUGUUUCGUUGCGUUUUUAUUCUAAUUCUUCGCCCAUUUGCUUGAACGGCAAAAACUAUUUUGUUUUAAUUACUUUUUCAUUUAUAUCGCAAUCAACGAUUUUUCGCUCAUCCCUUCAUCGAACAACUGUGAAUAUAAACGUAUUUUAGAAUUCCGCAAAACGCUCAUUCCGCAUUAUCACUUUCGGUGGCUACUGACAAGCUCAGAAAGUGGAAGGACGAAUUAAUCAUGUUUUGGGCUAAUAUUUACGCGCUUUCACCACAUCUCGACGCGUUACUCAAAAAAGAGGAUGUCAGUUUGCAAGAACUCAUGGAUCAGGAGGAUAUCGUUCCAGAAUGCAAGAGUCAAAAUAAAAUCCUCGUCGAUUAUUUGAGCAGGCCUGAAAUAAUGAAGGAGUUGGUGACUCUUACAACGAAAGAGCCAUCGACUGAAACUGAUGAAAGGAGUCGUUACAAAUAUUCAAACAUUGCCUGCGAAUUACUCACUUGUAAUGUUCCAUCCUUGAACGAAAAACUUGCUGGUGAUGAAACUCUGUUGGCGAAACUUUAUUCUUUCCUUGACACGGAUGAGCCUUUGAAUCCGUUGCUCGCUUCGUUUUUCAGUAAAACAAUCGGAGCUCUUCUUACACGAAGAAGCGAUCAGAAUUGGUAUUCUUACCAAUUCAUGUGUUUCAACGUUUUAGAAUUUACAAAGAGUCGCGAGAACUGUGUCGAUCGAUUGUUGCAGCAUUUAGAAACAUCUGCUAUAAUGGAUUUGGUAUUAAAACUUGUGACUAAAGUUGAAGGCAGCGAUAUGCGAUUGAACGUACUUAACUGGUUGGACAACGAAAAACUUGUGCAAAGGGUUAUAAAGCUACUUUCACCCACAGUCAAUUCUGAGAAACAUGCGAAUGCAUCUCAAUUGCUCUGUGAUAUGAUUAAGUUGGCGCGAUACUUCCGAAUCACGUGCACCGAACGCACUGAUCCUGAUCCCAUUUUAAUUACGCUGGAGAAGGAGGAUACUGUGAGUCUAUUGUUUGAAACUAUAUUAACCGGUGAACCAGUCGAAAGUAGCAUCGUUGGAGGUAUCCAAGUUCUUUUGGUACUUUUGGGUCACGAAACAGCCAACAUUGGAAAUGAAGAGGAAACACAAGGUAAUGGUACUGGCGAAGAAAUCACUAACAAGGAGAGUCGAAUGAAAAUCCAAAACGCCACACUGCCGUAUUUGGAACCACUUCAAAAACUUCUACUGAACCCACCGCCUAAACCUCCUGUAAAAACAACAGCCGGCCUGUUGACUAGCCCCUUAGGAAAUACUCGCCUUCAUGUAGCAAAAUUACUCGUUGCACUACUUUACAACGAAAACAUUGGAAUAUUUAAGAGGCUUGCGCAACUUGGAACAUUCCAGAUAUUGUUGGACUUAUUUUUCAAAUAUUCCUGGAACAAUUUCCUGCACACUCAAGUAGAGCAAUGUCUAGCAUCAGUAAUAAACAGCGAAUGGGGGGAAAAUGCUGAAACUGUUUAUUCACACAUGAUCGUCGAGUGCAAAUUGAUAAGUCGCUUGUUGGAUGCAUGGAACCAAAAUUCGAAUACACAGAAUAAGGAAACUAAUGUCCGGCAGGGUUACAUGGGACAUCUUAUUAAAAUUGUUAGAAAUAUCGUUAAACAAUGCAAAAAGAAUGAAAUUUUGGACGAAUAUUUAAAAACCAAUUUAAGUGCGGAAUGUGCCAAGCAGUGGGAGGAACUGAUCACCACAGAAUUGACAAUGAUCAGUAAAACUCAAGAGCUCGAAUUGGGUGGCAAACCACAGCCGUACAUGUCCGGGUCGGACGAUCCCAACGACGAAUACAAUUCAUAUGGUCAGGAUGCGUACGUGCAACAAGUUUAUGCGAAUUAUCAAGGACAAUCAAUGACACCGAAUUUCAUAGAGCACUGUGGUUUCCAUGACGACGAAUUUAACGAUCGAGACGAUGCCUUACACCACUGUAUGCUUAGCAACUCAAUCGACCAACUCACAACAAUACCGUUCACUGUGAACGAAGAAGAUCUUGAUAAAGGCGAGGACCUGUUCAACAAAAUUUGUCAGCAGAAACAAAAAGCCGGCUUGGAUGAAAGUGGUGGAGCCGUUGAAUGGGGAGACGAGGGUGAAUUAACAUUCCAAACGGUCAUAGACAAACGCGAUUGGCCCUUAAAACAGCAACAUCAGGAUUCAAAUUCCUCGGACGAAGACGAAGAUACUCGAGAAAUGAACAUGGAACCUGAUUCGACAGAUCCUUGGGGCUCAUCGAAUGAUCAAUUCCCAAGCGUUUUACCACGAGUAAAUCCUUGGGACGUAGCACCCGCAGAUCCGCCUGAAUACGCAGGAGGUUGGGCCAAUUUUGAUAAUUUUGAGACAACGUUGAACAUGGAAGGUUUAAAAAUAAGUGAGCCGCCGAAUCAAGUAAGCGAGCUCACUUCGGCUUCCUCCGAGUCUCCAAUGAUAAUAGAAUCUGCAACGUCGUUGGAACCUCUCGAAUUAACAGUAACUUCGGAAAGCUCCACGAGUAUAAAUAAAAUUGCAGAAAAAAUAUUACAACUUGAAGAAACGUCGGUGAUCGAAAUUGUUACAAUACAAGAGCAAUCACAGAAAGCUCAAAUAUCUCAUGCUCCUGCUAAAACUCAAGAUACAGCUGUUCCGAGUUAUUGGGAGAUACAAAAAAUCCCCGAGCAGUCCACCAAGGAUGAUGGGACAACAGAUGAAAAGACAGAAGACAUCGAAAAAGCGUUGGAAACUGCCGCAAAUAUAAAAAAAGUACCAGAAACAAUUGUGAAUACCGAAAAAAGCUCUGUAAAAUGUGAAAACAUUGAAAAAGCCUCAGAAAAAUCGCAAAGCAUCGAUGUGGUAAUGAAACAAGGUCCGAACCCUGUUGAAAAAACAUCGGAGAAAUCUUCGAACGAGAAAAGCCCUGACAAACAAGAGAAAAUUUCGGAAAAUAUUCCUGCACUCGAAACAACUAUCGAUAGCUCAUCGGACGUUGAACCCGUUGUACAAACAGUCCCUGCAGAUUCGAACAAACCUGACGAACCGACAAAAGUCGAAGAGCCAGAAAAGCGAGAUAAGCCACAAACGAUGCUGUAAGAAACACCCAUACACACACAGGAUUUAUUAACGUUCAAUUGUUGAGCUCUGUUAAUACUUGACAGUAUUUUUGAGUCUGGAAAGAAAAACCCUCUGCCCUUUGCAGAGUAAUGUAGGAUUUGAGGGAACAGUCCUUCGUCCGAGCCCCCUCUUCCCCGCCUCUGUGUUUGGAAGUUAUAAAUCAAUUAUAUAAACAUAAAUCAUAUCAGAAGAUUUAAUUUACUAUAUCUAUAGAAUUCUCUACAUUUUUACUCACAAAACGGAUAAAUUCACGACACGAGAAUUCCAUACCUGUAUUAUAUAUAUAAAAAAGUGGAGACAACAAAUGGGAAAUGAAGGAUUAAAGUUGUGAUGCUCAAAUGCUUUAGAAAAAAAAGAAAGAAGAGGUUCAAUGUCUGUAUCCAAGGAUUAUUAUUUAGUAAAUAUUAUUCACUUGUAACAAUUCAAAGAGAUUUUAAAAUGAAGAAAAACAGGCAACGUUAUAUUUCAAGCUUAUCACAUAUAGUGAAAAACAAAUUAUUACGAAUCAUCUUGUACAGUGGAAUGUGAAUAUAUACCACAGGAUUUGGAAGUGGAUUUAAGCGAGCGGUGUAUUAUUAUUGAAUAAAUAAUGCGAUUAUUGAA